AUGGGCCAACCACCGGAACCACCCGCCGCCGCCGUCGGACCACCAUCCGCAUCCGGAACACCAGCACGCCUCUCGCCGCCACCGCCCGAAAUCUUAGAAGUCCACCGCCACCGUCAAACGAACCCGCCGGAAUCACAAACUAUCACAACCAACAGCUCCACCCAAUCCGCCACCUACCCCGGCAAUCCCUCCGCCCAAUGCACCGCCUCCGUCGCAAUUUCUUCCUCCGUCGUCACUGAACCCGCCCAUAGCACCACCCUCCGCCGUCGCACGCCCUCUCUACAGCCGUCCGUUUCUUCUUCUCUUCCGUCGCCCUCAUCAAUUGGUGAAGACAUUGCAUCAGUCGAUUUAUCAGAUGCAAUUUCAGAGGCCUCUCUCGUCCACCUCACGCCGCAAGAUAAGGGACUCCACAGCCGGGGAUCUUCGAAUAGUAAUUUCCGCCCAUUCAGCGCCUAUUCCGGGUCGGGUAGCAGGCCUUUCAGCCGUCUGUGGGUCUUUCCAGUAUGUUGUCACCUGCCGAGAAGGGCCGGCUAG